AUGCGCCUUCAUGGCUUCCCCCCAGCCGUUCUCAUUGUCGGCUCGGCAUUGCUAGCGGCGGCGACGGCUUAUCUCAACGAGACCUCAUCAUCACUAAUGCGAGACCCUUUCUACGAGCUUACCGACGGUUGCCCUCCUUGCCCUCGGUGCUUCGAUUGCCACUAUGACGAGUUCCAGUGCCAACAGUUUGCGGACUGCGGCAGCGCAAACGGAAAAUGUGUCUGUCCUCCUGGCUUUGGUGGUGACGACUGCUCUCUGCCGUUGUGCGGAUCUCUAGCAGAUGGAAAAAACAGAUCUCCACGGAAAGGCGACCGGUGUGAGUGCAAAGAUGGAUGGGAGGGUAUCAACUGCAAUGUCUGCGCCUCUGACAAUGCUUGUAAUGCUAUGAUGCCCCUGGGCGAGGGUGGGCGAUGCUAUCGGGACGGCCUGGCCGUACAUGAGAUGUACCAGGUCUGCAACGUUACGAAUAAAGCAAUCUUGGAUCAAAUUGACCCUAGACUGCCAGAGGUCACCUUCUCCUGCAACGCCGAGCACGCAACCUGCAAUUUUCAGUUCUGGGUUGAUCAAAAAGAAUCUUUCUAUUGCGCCUUGGACAACUGCACGUCGGAGGCAAAGAGCACCAAUGUCCGCAACUCAACAAAAUACCAAUGCGAAAACAUAAAAUGCUCCUGCAUAGAGGAUCGAUUUUUGUGUGGUGAGGAUGGCUCUGUGAACAUCGACGAAUUUCUUGCCGAGGAGAUCAAAGGCCCUGCGUCUUUCUACACGCAGAACACCUACGGUGGAAGUUCUAAGGAUGGCAGCAGGUUCGAAGAACCAGCCAUGAACAACUUAAUCUCAAUGAUCUUCGGCGAUGAAUACAUAUCUCUUCAAUGUCGCGCGGGGGAAUGCCUGUACGAAACCGAGGUGCCUGGAUACACCCGACCCAUCAAGGAGAUCAACACGCCUCUCAUUGCAGGAGUCAUUGCGGGAUGUGCUCUCUUGGUUGUUGCCAUUUCCCUGAUCGCAUGGUAUCUCUCUCGGAGAGCCGCAUACAAGAAAUGGGGUGCCAUCCGGCUGGGCGAGGGCGCAGAGGAUGACGCUGCUAAAGCCUUGAUUAACAAUAUCCCGAUGGCCCUACAAUUUGAGAGUGUCUCUUAUAACCUCAAAGGCAAAGAGAUCAUCUCGGGCAUAUCAGGCAUCGCUCAUCCUGGGCAGAUCACAGCGAUAAUGGGUGCCUCCGGAGCAGGCAAAUCUACGUUUUUGGACAUCUUAGCCCGCAAGAACAAACGGGGAAUCGUCUCUGGGCACAUGUAUGUGAAUGGUGAAAACAUCCUUGAUGGAGAAUAUCGCAACGUCAUUGGCUACGUCGACCAAGAAGAUACUCUACUGCCGACCCUGACAGUUCAUGAGACCAUCCUUACAAGCGCUCUUUUGAGACUCCCUGCUGACAUGGGUCUCUCGGUCAAAGAGCAAAGGGUCAUAGAAGUGAUGCAGCAGCUUGGUAUCCAUCACAUCAAAGACCAAAUGAUUGGGUCGGAAGAAGGCAACGGCCGAGGCAUCUCAGGUGGUGAGAAACGACGGGUUGGCAUUGCUUGUGAACUUGUGACGAGCCCGAGUAUUCUCUUUCUGGAUGAACCGACUAGUGGGCUCGACGCAUUCAACGCUUUCAAUGUGGUUGAGUGUCUGGUCACCUUGGCCAAGACAUACAACCGCACUGUUAUCUUCACAAUCCAUCAGCCUCGCUCAAACAUUGUCGCACUUUUCGAUCAACUCAUUCUUCUCGCCAAAGGCGAAACUGUCUACUCUGGUCCAUUCUCAAGUUGUCAAGCAUAUUUUGACCAUAUUGGAUAUUCCUGUCCACCCGGAUUCAACAUUGCUGAUUAUUUGGUGGAUCUCACCAUGCAUGCAAGCCUUCCACGUUCGCCUAUAUUCGACGAUGUUCCAAGAGAGUUCCCGGAGCGCGACGGUUUACGGACAGAAUCAAGCAGUACAAGAGCGGUCAAAUCCAUUGCCAGUGCGUCUAAUGUCAGCGUAGAGAGUCCCAGCGAUCCAUCACUUCGCGCUAAACCGAAGCGGCGACUUUCAUUGAAACAAAAGCAGGACCGCCAGCUAUUUACUCGCAGGAAGAGCGGAGAUGAUACUCCGCCGACGCCAAAGACUGAUGAUGAGGACACCUUAUUCAACAAAGCCACUGGGAGCGCACGGAGCUGGUUGCAGCUGGCCAGACGGGACGGAUCGAAUCCACCACCGCUGUUGGAAGAUCCGGACGAUUUGCCACCAGAUGCUAACACCGACUUAGACAUGCUCGUCUCGAGCUUCAAGAACUCGGAUGUAGCUCAAACCAUCCACGACGAAAUUGCUGCUUCCAUCCAGGCGGCAUCUUCAGCGAACGGUCACGGCGUGGAGGGCAGUACCACCGAAGCUGUUACAGGUUCAAUUAAAGGCUAUCGGCGCGUCAGCCUUCCCAGACAAUUCCUGAUUCUCUCACAACGGACAUGGCGAAACCUCUACCGCAAUCCCAUCCUUAUGCUGACACAUUAUGCUGUUGCCAUUCUGCUAGCUGUUCUAUCAGGCUGGCUCUUUUAUGGCGUGACAGACGAUAUCGGCGGGUUCCAGAACAGACUGGGUCUAUUCUUUUUCCUGCUCGCACUCUUCGGCUUCAGCACGCUCACUAGUUUGAAUACCUUCAGCUCCGAGAGGCUGAUUUUUGUCCGAGAAAGGGCAAAUGGCUAUUAUGCGCCAGUCACAUAUUUUGCGGCCAAGGUUGUAUUCGACAUCGUCCCACUGAGGCUGCUCCCGCCGAUAAUCAUGGGGAUGAUCGUCUACCCAAUGGUAGGCCUGCUGCCACAGUGGGGCACGUUCUUCACGUUCAUUUUGAUAUUGGUGCUGUUCAAUCUUGCCGCGGCGGCCAUUUGCUUGACGAUUGGAAUUAUAUUCAGAGACGGGGCGGUCGCCAAUCUGAUUGGUAGCUUGGUGAUGCUGUUCAGCUUGUUGUUCGCAGGUCUCUUGCUCAAUCUCAACCAUGACUCUACGCAGACGGCGGCCCACUGGUUGCAAAAGCUAUCGAUAUUUCACUAUGGCUACGAAGCAUUGAUUGUCAACGAGGUUGCUAAACUGCGCCUGAAAGAUCACCGGUACGGACUUGACAUUGAGGUUCCAGGAGCCAGCAUUCUCAGUGCUUUCGGAUUUGACAAUCUGGCCUUGUGGCCGGACGUGAUUGGACUGGCGGUGUUUGGCGGUGCCUUUAUCAUUAUUGCAUAUGUGGCGAUGCAUUUCCUCCUUGUGGAGAAGAGAUAG